AUGACCACGACUCGUAGCAUAACGGUAGUAUCUAUGAUUUACAUAUGUCUCCUCCAAGUCAGGCAUAGCCUCAACAGGCGAAUGGGAGAAGAAGCCUUUGGCGCUACCGCGGAUCGCCGAGAGGAAGGACAAGUUUUACUAAAACGCGGCGAAGGUAAAAUGGAGAGACAGUUUAGAAUGAACUGUAUCGGUUGUGAGCUUUUUGUUUGUUACCGUGCUGAAGAGAGUCUUGAAACAGCGUCCUCUGUUUACAUUGUUGAUGGAGCACUUAGUGCUGUUGCUGCAGAAACUAACCCACAGGACGCGCCUGUACCUCCCUGCAUUUCACAGCUAGACGGUGGACUUGUUCAGGUUGCAAUAGAAGUGGAAGACCGUGCGCAACGUUCAGCUAUCACAAGAGUAAACGCUGAUGAUGUUCGUGUUACUACUGCUGCACCAGCAGCUCGUGGGGAAGCUAACACCGAGCUUCUGGAAUUCAUGGGAAGGGUGCUUGGUUUGAGGUUGAGCCAGAUGACUCUCCAAAGGGGCUGGAAUAGCAAAUCUAAACUCCUCGUGGUGGAGGAUUUAUCUGCUAGAGAGGUGUAUGAGAAGCUUCUUGAGGCCGUUGUAACUUAAAUUAUGUUCCUCAUGCGUUUUGGUGAAAGACAUUAACUAAGAACUUUGCUAGCCUUCUUUGUAAACACUCUUACUGGU